GGUCGACAUCGUUAUGGGGCGUUCCUUACAAAAGUUCACCGCGUACGCGCGCCCUUUCUCCGUAACACACGCCCGCCAAGCGACCACGGGAUGCCCUUUUUCCAAACGUCAAAGAUCCCAAAUAGCACCCACUGCCUCUCUCACCGAUGAAGUAUUUGCCAAUGCUAAACCCUACUCCGAAGUACCAGGUCCUAAACCCAUUCCUCUCCUUGGUAAUACGUGGCGAAUGGUUCCUGUUAUCGGCCAGUUUGAUAUAUCCGAAUUCGCUAAAGUGACCAAAUUGUUUCUCGAGAGAUAUGGAAGGAUUGUGCGCCUCGGUGGCUUGAUUGGCAGGCCAGAUCUGUUGUUUGUGUAUGAUGCUGAUGAAAUCGAGAGGAUGUACAGGCGAGAGGGACCCACACCCUUCAGGCCAGCUAUGCCAUGUCUUGUGAAAUAUAAGUCUGAAGUUAGGAAGGAUUUCUUCGGAGACUUGCCUGGAGUUGUGGGAGUCCACGGCGAGCAAUGGAGAACAUUCCGGUCCAAAGUCCAACGUCCAAUCUUACAGCCUCAAACUGUCAAGAAGUAUGUGGCUCCCAUUGAGAUGGUGACAGAAGACUUUAUAAAGUACAUGGAAGAUGCUAGAGAUGAAAAUGGAGAUUUGCCGAAGGAAUUUGACAAUGAUAUACAUAAGUGGUCUCUGGAAUGUAUCGGCCGUGUAGCUCUAGACGUGCGGCUAGGUUGUCUCUCCCGGGACCUAAGCAACAACUCAGAACCGCAACGCAUCAUAGACGCGGCCAAAUACGCGCUACGCAAUGUAGCUGUGUUGGAAUUAAAGGCGCCAUACUGGAGAUACAUACCGACGCCGUUGUGGACGAAAUAUGUUAAUAAUAUGAACUUCUUUGUUGAGCUAUGCUCACGUUACAUCAACGAGGCGCUAGAGCGUCUAAAAACCAAGAAAGUGACGUCAGAGAAUGACCUGUCCCUUCUCGAACGGGUUCUCAAGAGCGAAGGAGACCCCAAGAUAGCUACAAUUAUGGCCCUUGACCUUAUCCUCGUUGGCAUUGAUACGAUUUCAAUGGCAGUCUGUUCGAUUCUCUACCAAGCGGCCACAAGACUGAAACAACAAGAAAAAAUGGCGGAAGAGAUCAGAAGAGUGUUGCCCGAUCCGACUAAACCUCUCUCUUACUCGGAUUUGGACAAGUUGCAUUAUACCAAGGCGUUUGUUAGAGAAGUUUUUAGGAUGUAUUCAACAGUUAUUGGCAAUGGAAGAACGCUGCAAGAAGAUGACGUCAUUUGCGGCUAUCAUAUACCGAAAGGCGUGCAAGUCGUAUUCCCGACCAUAGUGACUGGUAAUAUGGAGCAAUUUGUCUCGAACCCAGACGAGUUCAAGCCAGAAAGGUGGCUUGAGGCAAAUGGCCGUUUGCAUUCAUUUGCCUCUUUGCCCUAUGGCUUUGGGGCAAGAAUAUGUUUAGGCAGACGAUUCGCGGACUUGGAGAUACAAGUGCUUUUGGCUAAGCUAUUACGCCGCUACAGAUUGGAAUACCACCACGAGCCGCUCGAAUACGCAGUUACAUUCAUGUACGCGCCAGACGGGCCUCUGCGUCUCCGUAUGAUCGAACGAUAGAAUACUUUUUAAAAAUUCAAAUUUAGAAUUAUGGUGUUUUAUUUUUAAAUUUUUUUUAUGACCAGUUAUAAUAAUAUUUAAAAGGAAUAUGAACUGUCAAAUGCCAGCCUGUCUAUGGUUCGAGUGAUUUUUUUUUUAGUUUAAGAAUUAAUAUCUAAAUGGACUUGAUAUUAUUUUGCAAUGAAAUGAUAUGAGUUAUGAGGUUGUAUCACGAUUAUACAAUAUACAUGAGCAUGAUAAUAUGCUUUUAAAUUAUUAUUAUUAAGUGCAUCAAUAUAUAUUUUGUAUCUGUACUCAAA